AGAUGUAGCCAAGAAGCUCUAUUUGAGGACCCAAAACCAUAAAGGAGGUACAAAAUGAAAAGUGGGAGUGAUAAAAUAUGGAAAAGCAAGAAAACUUCAGUGGAGAGAAUAGAAUCCAAUCUCCUCUCUCUCUCUCCCUCUCUCCAUCUCACACACACAGACACAGUGCACAAACAAAUUACUAACAUUCUGCUGUCACAUUCCGCAUCCACAUCCCAAGACACUCAUACCCACCAUUUCUAGUCACAGCUAAAAAGGGGCCUCCCAAGAAAACAAACGAAAUCAAGAAAAGAAAACAGCAGAAACAGUUAAACCAAGCAUUGCUAUUUCCAAAAGAGAUCAUUUAAUACCGAAGAGAAAAGCUUGAAAAAAAAGAAAACCAGAAGAAAGCACCUCCAUAACCCACACCAACUCGACAUCAUGAAACCGUGAUGAUGUCGUCUGACCAUCCUCCGCCGCUCCCCGACCAGCACAAGCCACCCACCACCGUCCGCAGGCUUAUUGUCGAAGUGAUUGAGGCGCGAGACCUCCUCCCAAAAGAUGGCCAAGGCAGCUCCAGCCCGUAUGUUGUGGCAGAUUUCGACGGUCAGAAAAGGCGAACAUCCACGGUGGAGAGAAAUCUUAAUCCUGUAUGGAACGAGGCCUUACAGUUUGUAGUUUCCGACCCGAAAACCAUGGAGUUUGAAGAGCUCAAUGUCGAGGUUUUUAAUGAUAAGAAGCUCAGCAAUGGGAAUGCAAGAAAGAACCAUUUUCUGGGGAGAGUGAAGUUGUAUGGAUCGCAGUUUGCUAAGAGAGGGGAAGAAGGGUUGGUGUAUUUUACAUUGGAGAAGAAGAGUGUGUUUAGUUGGAUUAGAGGGGAUUUAGGUUUGAAGAUUUAUUACUAUGAUGAGAUGGUAGAGGAGGAGCAGCAGCAGCCGCCGCCACCCCAAGAGCAGCAGCUCCCGCCGCAACCGCCGCAGGAGCAGCCACAGGGGCCGGAGGAAGUGAUGAAGAAGCCAGUGUUGGUGGUUAUGGAAGAGCCUCCACCUAUGCCACUACCGAACCAUACACCAAUGGAGCCACGAGAGCAUUCACCGCCCCUGGUCAGGAUUCAUGAGCCUCCACCUGAAAAUGGGCCUCCGCCGGAGAAUGUUCCGCCGCCGGAAUUCUCCCCGGAUGUGAGAAGAAUGCAGAUGGGAGGCAACGGCAUGAAUGGCCCCAUGGGCGGAGAGCGGGUGAAGGUAAUGCGGCGUCCGUCAAAUGGAGACUACUCGCCAAGAAUAAUCUCAGGGAAGUUCGCCGGUGAUGGUUCGGAGAGAAUUCCGGCUUUCGAUUUAGUCGAACCGAUGCAGUACUUAUUUGUAAGAAUAGUUAAAGCCCGGGGGCUCUCCCAGAACGAAAACCCGCACGUGAAAAUCCGCACUUCGGGCCAUUUCGUCCGAUCGAAGCCCGCGACUGUUCCGCCGGGCAGCGAUCCAGCAAACCCAGAGUGGCACCAAGUAUUUGCUCUGGGUUACAACAAGGAAACCGCCGCCAAUUCCACUCUCGAAAUAUCCGUUUGGGACGGCCCGUCGGAGAAAUUCCUCGGCGGCGUCUGCUUUGAUCUCUCCGACGUACCAGUACGGGACCCACCUGACAGCCCACUGGCCCCUCAAUGGUACCACCUAGAAGGCGGCGCCGGCGAAGACCAGAACAGAGUUUCCGGCGAUCUGCAGCUGUCAGUCUGGAUCGGCACACAGGCCGAUGACGCAUUCCCAGAAUCCUGGAGCUCCGACGCGCCACAACCCUUCGUAUCUUACACGCGGCCAAAGGUGUACCAGUCGCCUAAACUAUGGUACCUUAGAGUCACCGUCAUUGAAGCUCAAGAUCUUCACAUAAUUCCCAAUUUGCCCCCACUGACGGCUCCUGAGAUUCGGGUCAAGGGGCAACUCGGGUUUCAGUCAGUCCGAACCCGGAGAGGGUCCAUGAGCCACCACACCUCCGCGUUUCACUGGAACGAGGACUUGAUCUUUGUUGCUGGGGAGCCACUCGAGGAUAGUCUCAUUUUGCUUGUGGAGGAUCGCACGGGCAAAGAUCCAGUGCUUCUCGGGCAUGUCUUGAUUCCCGUGGGUUCAAUCGAGCAGCGGCUUGAUGACCGCCACGUGGCAGCAAAAUGGUAUGGUUUGGAAGGUGAGCCAGGAGGGGGUGGGUCCUAUUGUGGGAGGUUGCAUUUGAGGAUGUGUUUGGAGGGAGGGUAUCAUGUGUUGGAUGAAGCUGCCCAUAUUUGUAGUGAUUUUAGACCAACAGCCAAGCAGCUUUGGAAGCCUGCAGUUGGAGUGUUGGAGCUAGGAAUUCUCGGUGCUAGGGGAUUAUUGCCUAUGAAAUCCAAGGGCAAUGGAAAAGGCUCUACUGAUGCUUAUUGUGUGGCCAAGUAUGGCAAGAAAUGGGUUCGGACUCGAACCGUUACGGAUAAUUUUGAUCCAAGAUGGAAUGAGCAGUACACAUGGCAAGUCUACGACCCAUGUACGGUCUUGACGGUGGGGGUGUUUGACAAUUGGCGUAUGUUUGCCGAGGCCGGUGAGGAGAAGCCAGAUUGUCGCAUUGGUAAAGUACGGGUACGAGUUUCCACAUUGGACAGUAAUAAGGUCUACAUGAAUUCGUACCCUUUGAUGGUGUUGUCGCGGAGUGGGUUGAAGAAAAUGGGCGAAAUUGAGUUGGCUGUCCGAUUUGCUUGCCCAUCCUUGUUGCCCGACACUUGUGGUAUUUAUGGGCAACCGUUGCUGCCGCGCAUGCACUAUAUUCGUCCUCUUGGGGUGGCUCAACAAGAGGCAUUGCGUGGGGCUGCCACGAGAAUGGUGGCUGCGUGGUUGGCUAGGUCCGAGCCGCCAUUAGGGCCGGAGGUAGUCCGGUACAUGUUGGAUGCUGAUUCACACAGUUGGAGCAUGAGGAAAAGCAAGGCUAAUUGGUUUCGGAUAGUGGCCGUCCUAGCUUGGGCUGUCGGGUUGGCAAAAUGGUUAGACCAUAUUCGGAGGUGGAGGAAUCCAGUUACAACGGUACUAGUUCAUGUUCUAUACUUGGUCCUUGUUUGGUACCCGGAUCUGAUUGUUCCGACCGCAUUUUUAUACAUAUGUUUGAUAGGAAUUUGGUACUAUCGGUUCAAGCCAAAAAUACCAGCAGGCAUGGAUGUUAAACUCUCUCAAGUGGAUACGGUUGAUCCAGACGAACUGGACGAGGAAUUCGACACGUUCCCAAGUUCAAGACCGCCUGAGGUCGUUCGGAUCCGAUAUGAUAGGUUGCGGAUAUUGGCAGCAAGGGUUCAAACAGUGUUGGGUGAUUUUGCAACUCAGGGUGAAAGAAUCCAAGCCUUAGUCAGCUGGAGGGACCCCAGGGCAACAAAAUUGUUCAUAGGAGUGUGCUUUGCAAUUACGAUAAUUUUAUAUGUCGUGCCACCUAAAAUGGUGGCAGUGGCCCUCGGAUUCUACUUCCUCCGCCACCCUAUGUUUCGGGAUCCGAUGCCACCGGCUAGUUUGAGUUUUUUCAGGAGGCUUCCUGGCUUGUCCGAUAGGUUAGUAUAGUGCAAUAAUUUGGGAUGAAAAUGUGAAAAACCACAAAUUGUGGGAGUGGUGGGGGUAAGGACUUGGAGGUCUGAAAAACUUUUGCUAAGCCCCUUUUUUUAAGGAAAGGGUGGGAUGUAAUAACCUU